AUGAAGAGAAGCUAAGUUGCACCAAUGCCAAUAAAAGUAGAAAUUAUUUAUACAAUAGUAAGAAGUUGAAGACUUUGAAAAUAGAGUGACUCUAAGAUUAUAUUUAGAGAAACUGUUGAGUUAGAAAUGGGGUAGAUAUUUAGACAUAGUUUCUGGUUUUAUAAGUUUAACAUCUUGUAUGAUUUAUUUGGGUACAACCUACUUUAAUAAUGUGAAUUGGUUAAGUACUAUCGAUAUUAUAGUGUGUUCACUUUAUUUAUUUGAAUAUCUUCUUAAAACAUUUGCAGCUUAACAUCGAUUGUAGUACAUUUUGGAAGUAAAUUCAGCAGUAGAAUUAUUUACACUAAUGCCUUUAUUUAUAUUGUAAGAAUAAGAGAAUUGGGAUUAUCUAACUAGAUUGAUCAAUAUAUCAAGAGUUAUAAGGUUCUUAAGAGUUGUUAAGACUAUUUCUAAGUAUUAUCAAGUUGGUGAUAAUGAAUUUGGUGGUGUUAAUCGAUAAAUUUAUACUAUAUCUUUAACAAUUCUAACUUUGAUAAUUGUAACAGCUGGAGUAUUGUAAGCAUUUGAAUCUCCAAAAAGAAAAGAAUUAAUUGCUCUUGAUGAAGAGAAUUAAUGUGGGGCAUCAAUUGAUGAAUGUACCUUUCAUGAAAUGGUCUAUUUUACAGUUGUUACAUUAGCUACUGUAGGUUAUGGGGAUGUCACACCUUAAACAGAAGAAGGCAGAGUAUGUGUUAUUGUAUUAAUCAUUAUUGUCUUGGUUGUUAUACCUAAACAAAUGAAUGAAUUAAUUAGACUUAUGGGAUUACAAAGUGUUUAUGCAAGAGCUUUCUAUAAAUGGAAUCCUGAAGUUCCACAUAUUAUCAUUUGUGGACAUGUCAGUGUUGCAGCAUUAAGAAAUUUCUGUAGUGAACUCUUUCAUUAAGAUCAUGGUAGUCAGGAUAAAAAUGCUAUCAUUAUGAGACUUACUAAACCUAACACAGAAAUGGAAAUCUUCUUACAUAAUCCUAAAUAUGAAUUAUUCUUGACAUAUCUUUAGGGUAGUCCUAUGGUUGAUAGAGAUCUUAAAAGAGCUGCAGCUACUUAAGCUAAAGCUUGUGUCAUCUUAACUAAUAAAUAAAUUGUUAAUAGUUAAUCAUCAGAUCAUAAAAAUAUUUUAAUUGGAUUACAAAUCAAAAAAUAUGUAAAUCACAUUACUGGUGGAAAUAUCCGUCUAUGCAUGCAAUUAAUUAAACCAGAAAGCAAACUCAAUUAUAGAUAAGCCUUAGGUUUGAAAGUUAUUACUGAUUAAAUUAUCUCCGUUGAAGAAUUUAAAAUGAAUCUAUUGGCUAAAUCGUGUUUCUGUCCUGGUAUUAUUGCAUUGAUUGGUAAUCUUAUUACUUCUGCAGGAGAACAAGAGGGAGAUAUGGAAUAUGAAUGGUUAAAUGAAUACACAAAGGGAAUGGGACAUGAAAUAUAUAGAACUGACUUAAGUUUUAAAUUUCAAGGGAAAAGUUUUAGUGAAGUAGCAACUAUAGUUUAUAAUGAGUUUAAAGGUAUAUUGUUUGGUAUAGAAUUUGAUAUUGGAAAAUAUACAAUAAUUCGAUUAAAUCCUGGUAGUUAUAUUAUUCCUAAUACAACUGAGGCUAAUGUUCAUGCUUAUAUUAUUUGUGAAGAUAAAAAAGUGGCAGAUUAAGUUGCUACUUAUGAAAUGACAACCGAAGAGAUUGCCAAUUAUCAUUAUUAAUUAUUGCAGAAAUCGAAAUAGAAAGAAAAGUUACCUGAUGAUGAAGAAGAGGAGAAAUUUGAUGAUCCUCUUCUGUAUGGUAAAGAUUCAAUAGAGGAGGCUGAAAUGUUAGAAUAAGAUUAUGUUUUAGAUCCUGAACCUAUUUCCUUAAUGACUGUCACUCCUACUUCUUUACAAGAUUCAACAGAAAUAACUAAUCAUAUUGUAGUUUGUGGCAUUCAUCCAUCAAUAUAUUACUUUCUAUUAGCAUUAAGAGCUAAGUAUCUUAAGGAGCUUUAAUUUGUUGUGAUUUUAGCUCCUGAAUAACCAACAAAAUAAUGGGAAUAUAUUAAUAGAUUUCCUAAGGUUAGAUUUAUAAAGGGAUCUCCACUUACUUCUGAUGGUUUAUUGAGAGCCAACAUAAAUUUUGCUGAUAAAGCUGUAAUAUUUGCUUAAGGAUCAGAUUAAUCGAUUGAUGAAGUAGGAGAUGCAAUAGAUGAGAUGCACGAUGCAGAAUCUAUUUUUAUUUACAAAGCUAUUAAAAAACUGAAUCCUUCGAUAUAAAUAAUGAUUGAGCUAGUUUAUAGUUCUAACAUUGAAUUUUUACUUGAAAAAGAUUAUUAAUAUUAGAAUGAAUUCAAAUAUGAGUUUGUAAUAUAAAAUGUCUUUAUAUUAUUAUUAGACUCCACUCUAGGCAUCUGGAGAAGUGUAUAUAUCUGCAAUAAUUGAUACUCUAACUUGUUAAGCAUAUUUUAACCCUCACAUUGUAACUAUUUUAUAGCAAAUUCUAACUGGUUAAAGAUAAUCAACUCAAGUAAUUAGAGCUAUUUGUGAACAUGCUGAUCUUAAGGAUUCAAAUCUAUACUAAGUACCUGUUCCAGAAGAUUAUUUAGUAUAUAUUUAUAUAUUAUACCACUUCUUAGAAUAAAACAUUUGGAGAACUCUUUAAUUACUUAUCAACAGAAAGACAUCUAAUUCCACUUGGACUAUAUAGAAUGGCUGGAGCUGUUGAUAAUAAGCAUCCCUAUGUAUAUACUAAUCCUCCAUCUGAAACCAAAUUAACACAUAGAGAUAAGGUUUUUGUAUUGGCUCAUUAAUUACCAGCUGAUUUAACAGGAGGUAGCAAUCUUGAUUUGAAAGCAAUGCAAAUGGAAGGUAAACAAUAACUUGAUAUUGAAAAUGAAAAUAAAGGACUUAUUCAAGAUAAAUUUAAGACUCAAAUUUAAAAUGGAAUGUAAAAGACUUUAAGUAAUUUUUAAUAUUUAUUCAAGCAAAAUAGAAAAAUGAUAAAAUGGUUGUAUUUUCAGGUGUUAGUAAAAGUCAUAAAAAUUUGGAUCUUGAUAAUUUGAAUCUUAGUAUCUUAUUUUCUUUAUUCUUAGAUUCUACUACUUUUACAAUACUUGAUUAAAUUAAUGAGACUAUAUCCUAAAUCAAGGAAUAAAUAUAAUCUGUAUAAAGCAAUCUCUUAUUGCAAGAAGAUGAAAUAGUGGAGAAAUGUAGAACAGCAGUAAGAUAAGAAUUAACAACUUUGAUUUAAUGA